GACCUAGCAAAUCGAAGUAUGUAAUUAGAAGAGAGGACAGACCGAAUGCCUGCCGUCCUAGAAGUACAUGCUGCUCGAGUGCCAUACCUUUGAUUGAUGUAGCAACAAGAAUGACUACAUCACAGGCCUCUCAUCAUCCUUCGCCAUUAGUGGUUCGAUUGAACGCUCGACAGACGAUCGAUUGGACGACAAGCGGUUCCCAGCCCUUCGAGGCAGCUCAUGACUUUCGCAUCUUUCUCUCUCCUGGAUUGCAGGAAUCUUCGGAGGAGCGCGGCGACUAUGAGGAAGUAGGGAAAAAUGUCGACGCCGGUGCUGAAGGCGCUGAUGAUGGUGAGUCACAGGAAGGAGCAGGUGCUGACGACGGCGAGCUACAACAUCAAGGUACCAACCCCAAGGAUGCUAACAAUGUCGAAGAACAGCCAAGGAGGAACAAACUUCCAGACGCAGCAAGAACGUCAUUGUUGGAGAGUGAGAAAAUGGAGGAAGCUGAUGAAGUCGAGCAUGCGAUUGAGCGCGCAGAGGCAGCUGACAACGAGACGGAGGCUGACGAUCCACCUGACAUGAUGAUAGGUCACGAAGAGGAGCAGGCGCAAGUAGAAGGAGAAACAAAGACUCGGGGAAUCGAUGGAGGUGUUGGAGAGGAGGCUGUGGAGCCAUCUGCGACGGGGAUUCCGAAGAAAGCCUUCGUCAGCUAUCCAGGACGCCGAGAGCAAGCAAAGCAGGGCACGACAGGUGAUGGAGACGUGGCUUUCUUACCGUGUACAAGCGCGGUAAAAGGCAAGAACAGCAGGUGGACAUCGGACGCGGGCCGUGGACAUGGUUCCGCAGAAGAAGCGGAAGAGGAGGACAUGGACAGUCCGAGUGGGCAGCAAGAUUUGUCCGCAAACGCGACAGCCAAUACUUCUGGGAACGUCGACAAGUACGACGAUGCGAAUGGCUCAUGCAGUCUUUCUUUUCCGAAGUAUUUGAAGCUCCAGAACCAGAACUCGCAAUUGUCAACACUUUGCGAGACACAUGCUGAAGGCGAGGCAGACUGCGAAGGAACAGUACUAGGACAAGGUAAAAAUACGCCAACACUUCGGUGUCGGUGGAAGGAUGGAGCGUGCUUUCAUCCUCAAGCAGACUCGUUUCAAUGUCGAUGGAGAGGCGAAGAUACCUGCGUCAGCGCAACAGCUGGGAAUCCACUGGAGCAGCGAUGUACUUGGCUCAAAUCUUCGCCAAAACAAGGGAGAUGUAUGUUGGAGGAAUUUGCAGUAUUUGAGAGAGCCAAAAAAAUCUGUUCAGAAUUAGCUUCUGGUUCUGAAUGCAAAGCCGUACCAGAAUGCGAGUGGAAGAGAGGGACACGGAGAUGGACUGCUGGUGGACGAGGACAGACUUCAUCGAGUAGCGUAGCUGAGCUGGAAGGACACGAUCAUGAUCUGCAUGCUCGCUCCUUCGUAGAAACGUUGGGCGCAAUCGACCUUGACGCGGAUCUCAACGCACCACCC